AUGAUAUUAUUGGUGGCUGCUGCAUCCGCUGCCCCACAAGGGUACAACCUACCAACGCCCUCUGGUCCAUCAUUAAACGCUGGGGGUUGUGGCGGUGGACAGGUGCAACACGUAGAUGGCAGCUGCGUCACUCCUCAAGUGAACAGUCGUGUGUUCUUGUAUGAUGUGCCACCAAAUCAGGCUUCUUCCAGUCGGCCAGCGUAUGUUCCCAAACCUAAAUUGGAAAGAAAUAUUGUUUUCGUGAGACUUCCUGAGGGUGCUCAAGGACCAGAACCCAUCGUCGUUCCUCCUCCGAGGCAACAACACGUCUUGUUCGUGCUUAACAAGCAGUCGGAACAAGGUCAACAAGUGAUCGAGGUGCCAGCGCCACCAGCAGCUGAUCCUGAAGUGUUCUUCGUGAACUACGCAGAAGGAGAGAACCCGACUCUUCCUGGUGGGGUAGACCUCCAAACAGCGCUGAGUGCUGCUUCUCAAGGUGGCGGUCAAGUCGUUGGAGGUGGUGGUAGUGGAGGUUCUGGUGGUGGUGGUAUUGGCGGUGGAAGCGGAGGUGGCGUCGGAGGCGGGUUUGGAGGCGGCAGUGGAGGUGGAUUCGGAGGCGGCAGUGGAGGUGGAUUCGGAGGCGGCAGUGGAGGUGGAUUCGGAGGCGGCAGUGGAGGUGGAUUCGGAGGCGGCAGUGGAGGUGGAAUCGGAGGCGGCAGUGGAGGUGGUUUGGGAGGUGGUAUUGGAGGUGGUUUUGGAGGUGGUAUUGGCGGUGGAAGUGGAGGUGGAAUCGGAGGCGGUAGUGGAGGUGGAUUCGGAGGCGGCAGUGGAGGUGGUAUUGGAGGUGGAUCUGGCGGUGGAAGCUACAGUCCCCCUAGUCCCUCCACUGUAUAUGGUGGGCCAUAAAUGUCGAAAACAUUCUGUGAUUUAAAAAUAUGUUACAGUAUCAGGCUGAUACUUGAAAAUCAGAAAAUAAUUUUGUAAUCUUUUACUAUUUAUCAAUAAAUACAUGAGCCCAUUUAA